GUUUUCAGAAACGACGGCGGAGCUGCAGGGAUUCACACAAAAAGCCUCUGUGCUCGACUGACACCAGAUCUGCUCCUCUCACACUCAGGAUGCGUGUGCUGUGUGCUCUGGGUCUGUUUCUGACCCUGAUGCAUGUGUCCAGCCCUCUGCUGCUGGGAGCCUUCAACAUCAAGUCAUUCGGGGACAAGAAAUCCUCCAACAGCACGAUCAUGAACAUCAUCAGCAAGUCACUGGUCCUCCGACAGUCGUGGUGUCCAAACCUCCACCCUGGAGGGUCUCCUGAGUUCAGGUACAGCCACAUCGUGAGCGAGCCUCUGGGUCGCAGCACGUACAAGGAGAGAUAUCUCUUCCUCUACAGAGAGGAAACUGUGUCCGUGGUUAAAAACUACACCUACGAUGACGGCUGUGAGUCCAGCGGGACGGACGUGUUCAACAGAGAACCUUCCGUCGUCAUGUUCUCCUCCGCUCACACCGCCGUGAGGAGCUUUGUCCUGAUCCCUCAGCACACCUCUCCAGACUUCGCAGUGAAGGAGGUGGACGCUCUCUAUGACGUGGUGGCUGAUGUCCGCUCUCGCUGGAAUACCAACGACAUUGUUCUGCUGGGUGACUUCAACGCAGGCUGCAGUUACGUGUCAGGCUCUGACUGGCAGCAGAUCCGUCUCUUCACCGAUAAGAGUUUCCACUGGUUGAUCACCAGCGAGGCGGACACCACAGUGUCUCACACCAGCUGCCCAUACGACAGGAUUGUGGUCACGGCCGACAUGAUGAGGGGAGUGGUGCACAGCAGUGCUGAGGUUUACGACUACAUGAGGGACAUGAGUCUCAGCCACUCUCUGGCGUUGGCUGUCAGCGACCACUUCCCCGUGGAGGUGAAGCUGGUCGGUCCGGCUCGCGCUCGUUCUGCCUGAAUCACGACUGCGACCGGGUCCACUGGUCUCCAGACAGAACCUGCAGUGAAAGACCAAAAUAAACAAAUCUGCUAAAUGACGUCAGCGCACGACUGCUUCUUGGAACAGACACGAGAGUAAAAGAAAGAUGCAUGAAAAUAAUAAAAGGUGAAGUAAUAAAAGAG